UGGCUGGGGCUGUUCUUGCUGCAUCACGGGCCAAGAUCGCGCUCACUGCUGAGUGCUUGACCCCCAAGCAACCACGCGCCAAUCAGCGCUCUCAUUCGCUCCAAUUCGUACAAACUUCCUCCCACUGCCGCUCCCGCACAUCUCCCGCUCGGGCGCACCCUCUUUCCCCAAAGUUUAGACAGCUGCCCGGAGUGCUCAACGGCAGAGCACAGGAACUAUGGAAGACCGAUCGACAGCCUCAAAACCCGUUGUCGCAUCGUCAUCGCCAUCCACGAAUCACGAUACCAAAUCACCCACCGGUCGCCCCCUCUACAGCAGCAAGCUCGGUGACCAGCGACCGCGAGCCCAAGAGGCAACUGCUUCGCCCCCGACCUCGAGACAGCAUCCUGUCCAGCAGAAAGCCUGGACCUCCAACCGAAACCCCAUCACCGGUCGAUCGCAAACUCCGCAGAACAAGCAGUCGGUGACGAGCUCCCUCCGCGAGGGUCAGCGGGUUCGCAUUGUCCUCACCUCCGGCGCUGAACUCGAGGGCACCUACGCCAACGGUCCCGACCCGGCCACUUGUCGCCUAAGCAUGGUGCAGCAAAAGAAACCCCCGAACUCCGCAAACUUCACAAACGGUUCCAGCAGAAGAGAACAACCCACCAUGACCAUCCAGCGUAAAGACAUUGCGGAUGCUCGCGUACUUUCUGGAAACAACGCUAAGAAUGAUGGACGAAUCCCAAAUGGCAACCGGUCUGGUUUCCGGACAGACUCGGCAAUCUCCAAUUCACGACUCGGUACGGAAAGGACCUUGAAGGCCUGGGUUCCGGAUACCACUUACGAAGUUGACGGGUCACUGGAGAAGUCCAGUGGUGGCGGCGCCUGGGACCAAUUUGCCGAGAACGAGCGACUCUUCGGCCUGAAGACCGACUACGACGAGAACAUCUACACGACCGCCAUCGACAAGAACCAUCCUCAGUAUAAGGAACGCCUGGCGGCUGCUGAGAGAAAGGCGCGUGAGAUUGAGCAGAGUACACCUACUACUGCACACGUUGCGGAGGAGCGUGUGAUGGACUUCGUCGGAGGCGACGAUCACAGAGAUGAGGAAGACAAGUACAGCGGCGUGCGCCGUCAGGACUUCCCUCCGUUGUCCCGGGAGACCAAGUACACGCCUCCGGCCCGCCGCGCGCCCACGGGGCAGGCCACCGUGAAGGGUGCUCCCGUUGAUCCUGCGAUCAUCUCAUCACAACUCAAGAGCACCCCUGCCCCACAGCCGGCGCCGACGCCAAAGCCAGCCGAGUCGAAGAGUCAGACUGCCGCUGCCGAGAAACCGGUCUCGCCGGCCACGAACCAGCCGGCCGCGAACCAGCCAGCCGAGUCCAAGCCAAGCACGAGCGCAGCUGAGCAAAAGGCGCCCGAGAAGGAGGCAACGACCACUUCGGACACGAAGCCCUCGGAUGCCAAGGAUGCGGCCACCACCAGGGACGCACCCCCCAAGGAUGCGACCACCACUAAGGAUGCGACCGCUACCAAGGAUGCGGCCACCGUUCGCCCCACAGCGGCCUCCAGCCGUACCGUGCCAAAGGUCGGCGCUGUGCCGGGCGUAACUGCGAAUGUCGAACGGGACGUGCUGUCCUCGUUCAAAACUUUUGCAACUACCCAGAGGUUCAUGGCCGAGAAAGCCAGGACCACGAGGGCCAAGGCGGACAAGGAGAUCAAAUUGACGGAGUUGAAGAAGUUUGCAGAGAACUUCAAGCUGUACACGCCCGUUCCCAAAGACCUGAUCUCCAUCAUCGCCAAAGACCCAGCCAAGCAAAAGCAGAUUCAGGAGAAGGCGAAGAUGAAUAUGGAAGAGCUGUCAAAGCAGAGGGAGGCUGCCGCAAAGGAAAAGGAGGCUGCAGCGGCGAAGGAGGCGCAGGGUAAGGCUAGCGCCGAGCAGUCCGGUGCUUCCACACCGGCCGGAACGACCGAGACUCGCGGGAGCUCCCGCCCAGCCGCGACGCAACAUUCCGGCUCAGCAGGCCUUGCCGGCCGUCACCCUGGCGCCCGCUCCUCGUACCAACCCCAAUCCCACUAUCAGUACGGCCGGAACAACCGACCGCCGCCCCAUUUGGGCCCCCAGAACCAGACCACGGGCAACCUUGCCCAGCGGCUUCGAAACGUGGAGCAGCAGAAGCUGCAGCACACACACCCCGGCCAACAUCACCCUCCUGACAUGCGUCUCCCCCCUACCGGUCCCGCCAACAGCGUAGACCCAGGUUUCGGCCGCCGUAUGAACGCAGUUCCGCCGCCCUACAUGGGUCCCAAGCUGAACCCUAACAGCCACGAGUUCCGACCCAACGCAUUUGCGCAGCCCUUCAACCCCGCCAUUCCCAGCUCCGGCUCUUCUCCUCGCUCCUCCGUGAACAACAUCGCCGAAGCGCCUAUCCCUCCUCCUGCUGUCAAGGGCCAGCUCAUCAGGCGCAAGACAAAGGCGGUGGAUGUCAAGAAGUGCUUCAUCCUUUCGCACAUCGAGACCAUUCAGCCGCCGCAGGGUCGUCACUGGAACGACAACGAUGGCCUGAGACCCUCUUUCGACACGCUCCCUACCUGGCGACAGCUCCAGGAAGAAACAGAGGCGCCUGACUCGACCAUGCGCCUGACUUACAAGGAGUACUUUGAGCGCCUACCGCUCUCAAGCGCCGCUGUCGCCACACCGAAUCCGCCUCAUGUCAUUCCACAAGUUGCCCACCAGCAUCAGUUGCCCUUCCACCUGCAGCACGGCGCCCAGAACAUGGCGCCUCGACAGUCGCCGCACAUGCCGAUGAUGCCGAUGCACGCCGGCCAGCACGGACACGUUCCCCAUGUGCCGUUCAGCGGCCCAGAUGACCAUAGGAUGAUGCACUCCAACUCGGCACAGUCUUUUGCGUCCCCUAGGAUGGGACCGGUGCCCAUGGCCUAUCCUCCGGCGGUGAAUCCCCAGGCGCAGAUGCCGUACGGCCAGCCGGUGAUGCAGCCAUACAUGAACGCAGCUCCUCAGAUGGGACAAUUUCGCAGCUUUUCACACAACCCGCAAUUUGUCCCCCAGCAACCGCACCAUAUGGGAGCGCCCAUGAUGGUUCAACAGGGGUUUGUCCCGGGACCUAACGGAAUGGUGGCAGCGGGGCCUAUGUAUCCGGGCGCCCAGCCGCACUUUAUCCCCUCUGGCGCAGUUCCUCCGCAGCCAGUCCCCGGGUCUAACGGGUUUCCCAGUCCCGGCCGGCCAGCCGCACCGAUGAUGGUACCCCAGGGCUCCCACCAAGGAACGCACCAGGGCCAGCAGCCCAUGUAUGGCAUGAGUCCGGGCGUGCCGUACCAACAGCCGGCAUACACGCCGCAGCAGCCCCAGGGAAAGUUCUCCGGCCAGCGGCCACAGUGAGCGACUGUUGAAGCAAAGCAAAGCGAGGUCGCGCCGCGGCGUCGUGGACCCACCUGCCUGCUACCCUACCCGUCUGCCGUGCGAAUUCAGCCAAAGCUGUUGUUGGAAGUUUGACUCACUCUCGUUUCCGAGCACGACACCUGACAUGACAUGACGAAGUAGCUGUCGGACGCACUGCUGUUCUGCCAAGGCUGCGCGAGCGGUAUCGGCCAGGGUUGUGUGCUAAAAUCGAGCCUGGCCGAAGUGAA